AUGGCCGACGAGGAUCCGAUUCUCGAUGGUUUCCCGAUCUCUCAACUUCGGGUCGUCGAUCUGCGCGAGCAUCUCGAGAAGCGCGGCCUCGACAAGAAGGGCAACAAGAAGGAGCUGGCCGAUCGCUUGAAGGAGUUCAUCCUGGCCAACGAGUCGAGCGCGGCGACGCCCGUCGAAGCGGAGCCAAAUGUGGCGCCGGCUGCCACCGCGACCGCCGCCGGCGAGCAUCGCAAGUCCAAAUCGCCCGAGAAGUCGCCAAGCAAGUCUGCUUCCGGGUCUCCCGGCAAGGGCAACCCGCUACUGGCAAUGUACAUGGCCAAGCAACAGGAGAUGAUCGCCGAGGCGGAGGCCGCCAAGCGCAAGAGCGUCGACAGCGGUGAGGCAUCGAAGGAGACUGAUGACCCCGCUGCCGGAGAUGCCGAAAAGACGGUGAUCAGCCCCGUCAAGUCGCAGCAGCCGAGCCAGGCCGCCGACGACGACGACGUGAAGGAGGACGAGCCCGAGCCCGAGGUGAAGAAGGGCAGAGGAAGGCCGAGCAAUUCGAGGGGAAGGAAGGCGUCGGAGAGCCAGUCGCCGACUCGACGAUCGUCCCGUGGCAGGGGAAGACCGCCGAAGAGCACCGGAUCCCAGAUGUCGCUCGAGCUGGACGAGGACGAGCCGACGGUCGACGCGCAGCAGCCCGUCAUCAACAAAACGGCCGUGACGCCGGAGCCGGAGAUGGCGGAGAAGGAGCCAGAGGUUGCCGAGAAGGAGCACGAGAAAGAGCCUUCCCCGCCUGUGGUUGAACAGCCGAAAGACGUGGCCGUGGAGGAGAAAAAGAAGCCGGAGGAGAAGCCGGAGCAGCAGCACAAGCCGGCUGAUGACGGGGUGGAGCAGCCGGAGCCGACCGUCAAGUCGACCCCGGAGAAGAACACCAACGGAAACCAAGAGUCGCCCGUCAGCAACAAGCAGUCACCCGCCAAGCAGCCGUCGCCCGAGCCGGAAGUCGAACCCGAGCAGACGAAGCAACAGCCCAACGAGGACAAGGAGGAGGGCGCUCCGGAAGAGAGCGACGAACAACACACCGUCUUCACCCAAGUCUCCACCUCGGCCACCAAAUCGCCGCCACGCGACGAGAAUGGGCAAGAGGAGCUGCUCGACUAUGGCGAUGAUGACGAUGAGGCCGAGGCCAAGGGCGCCGAACAGAACAAACGAGAAGCCCUCAAGGAGAAGCCGCAUCAACAACACAACCAGCGCCAACACUCGUCCUCAAAGCCCAAGGAGGAGUUGCCGGUCGACACGUCGUCGAUGUGGCUGCCCGAGAAGGACGGCUUCAAGCGCGUCAAGGAGCCCUCGCCCUGUCGCAAUCCGGUCUCUACGUACGUGCACAUCCGCGGGCUGACGCGCCCCUUCACCCAGCACCAACUGAACGCCCUCAUCUCCAACAACGGCACCAUCGACAAGUUUUGGAUUGACAAGAUCAAGAGCAAUUGCGUCGUUCAGCUGGCCACCGUGGAGGAGGCGCAGCGUGUCCGUCGUGCUCUUCACAACGUCGUCUGGCCGGAGACGAACCCGAAGAGUCUCUCCGUCCAGUACACCACCAAGGAGCAGUACGAGCGCUACUCGGCCGGGUUGGCGCCGGUGACGGAGACGCGCAGCACCGAUCGGGAACGCCCCGUGACUUCGCUGAAGCGCGACCCCGAGCCAAUCUCUUCAACGCCAUCAGCUUCCACCCGCAACAUCAAGGAAGGAAGACAAACGCUCAAGAUUACGGUGGAGACGAAUGUGCGCGAUAAUGAGAGGACGGCUGUGCGGCACGUGGAAAGGGCCAGAGAGAAGGAACGGGAGAGGGACAGGGAUGCUGAGCGCGACUCGACGAGACGCAAACGCUCAGCGACACCACCCCACCGUCGUGAUGACGUCAAGCGAGAUCGCCGCGAGCGCAGCCGAAGCCGUCAACGUGUUGACGAGCCUCAAGCCAAGACCCUUGAGGAAUUGUUCAAGAAGACUGCCGCCCAGCCGGCCAUCUACUAUCUGCCGCUCACCGACGAGCAGGCCGCAAAACGUGCCGAAGAGAAGGCGAUCGUCGAAAAGGCCCGUCAAGAAGAGCGUGAACGCCGUGAAAAGGAGCGGGCCAGCCGCAGAAAAUCGCGCAGCCCGCGACGCAGGAGAACCGAAGAAGAGCGAAGAGCGCCUGUCAUCCAUGAACACGACGUGGCUCGACAGCCGUCUGAUGAAGACGAGCUGAUGGCCGGCAGCUACUUGAUCUGCGCCACCUUGGCCAUCGUUUUCCUGUUGCUGCUGGUGUUUUUGGAAGCGUGGACGGGCUGUGGCUAUGGUCUCUACAUGGGAUAUUAUCGAUUAACCGUCACCGUUCAGCCGCCACUGAUUACGCCAGGCAUCCACCAUAUCCAACUUGUUGUCGUCGUGAAGAACGGGGACAUGACGCACCGCUGCACGACCAGCGCGAACUUCAGCGGUCUCGACGAACGCCGCGCUGGACAGGGACGGCUGCAAAGAAUGCAGUCUUUCCUCGACUGGUAUACGCAAUGGGCGCCACCGGGCAACGACUCGCUCUAUUGUCGUCCGGAAGACGAACCGGAAUGGUCGACGCUUCCAUCCGUUUACAAUACUUUGGAGCGGAUAUGCCUGGGGGCCACGCCGAAGCUGGUCGCUUUCGUGGUUUGCGAGUUGUUGGUCAAGAUCCUGAUUUUUCGACGGGCAUCAAGGUGGCUGAAACCUGUCCAGCUGCUAAAACUCGUGAUGAUUCUGAUCAGCUUCGUCGCCGAUUUGUACUUCAAACUCGUCACUGAUGCGCUGACCGUGGCGACGGUCGUUGCGAGCGUUAUCGUGGCGACAAUCGAUUGGCUUUUGCUUUUGGACAGGGAAGCGAAGAUUGCUCGUCAAGUUUAUGAACUGUUGAUGGCUCGGAGACGCUUUUUUUUGCUCCAGUUGGGCGUGUCUGAAGCUUAUUUGAAAAAAGAGGUCAAUACCCCAAAAUACCCCGGACUCGAUGUGGGAUGGUUCGGUCGCACGCCAGUCCCAGCCGGCAUGUGCAUACGGACACGCGUCGUACGUCGGCAAGAGAACGCGCAGGAGAAGGCCACAUCCCAAUUUCGUCACCUAUGGAGCCUGGCCACGAGAUCAACACCACCAACCCGUGCUUUCAUCGACGGAUCAGAUGACAAGAUGAUGCGCCUCUACGGAUACGAUGCCUUUUCCGUGCAGAUGGCACUUCACACCUUCUUUGGCCACGGAACAGACAAGCUCAUCAAAAAUGACGCUUCCCCGGGACUUGUUGAGGCCACAAAUAAGAUGUCCGACUUCUCGACGGCCAAGCCCAACUUCUACGACCAAUACGAGCAUUACGAAAGCGUAUUCCGGGCCAUUGCCAAGGCCUAUGAGGAAUGUCGUGCUGGUGCAAUCUCGCUGCUACUAUCGUGCGAAGCCGAGGUUUACCGAAUCUGUGGCUACGACAGCGCACUAGCAGACAAGAUCAAAUAUGUGAUAUGGUUGACGGAGAUCCGCGCCGGGCUGAUGGCCCUUGAAUCCUACAAUGUCGAUCAGAAGAAAUGGGGCCAGGCAGAUUGUCACGCCCGCUACGUGCUGACGCGAGUCUGCCUGGAGGCCGGCCAGGGAUUUGUCACCAUCGAGUCCCUCACGAAUCCCGACGGCAAGCCCGACCUCAAGUUCAAGCUGGACCGCACGAAGAUCGACAGCGUCGGCAAGCCGGCCGUCCGGGAAUUCCUGAUAAAAUUGCAGCACUACAAAUCGACGGCCGACUUCACGGGGGGCAAGGAGCUGUUCGACCACUACGGCAAGAUUAGAGAAAUCGAGCUCGGAUGGAGGGAUGUGUGCAUCGCCCGAUGGAAUUUGCGUCUAGUGUUCUCCGCGACAGAAUGCCCUUCGUCCUUGGAGCAGCUGAUUGAUACGCGCCGCGCCGCAUGGCAUCUGGAAUCACAACAAGAACCGUGGUAUUUAAAUGUGAAAAAGUGGUUAUUUGAAUACGGCCCAAAACCGCGCACCCGAAUCCUUCUUGCAAACACGUUGAUGUGUGAAUCCAUCUCAAAAAUGUGCCCAUCAUUG